AUCCCCAAUUCUUUCUUCCUCCCGCUCUAGCUUCUUUUGCCAUUGCUGUUUCGAGAGCUCCACGAAGCCCUAAUUUUCGUCUCUUCAUCGUUCUUCUCUCACCAUGAAGCUCGUCAGGUUUUUGAUGAAAUUGAACAACGAAACAGUUUCUAUCGAGCUUAAGAACGGAACCAUUGUUCAUGGAACCAUUACAGGUGUUGAUGUUAGUAUGAACACUCAUUUAAAAGCUGUGAAACUAACUUUGAAAGGGAAGAAUCCUGUUACAUUAGACCACUUAAGUGUCAGGGGAAACAACAUUCGCUAUUAUAUUCUUCCUGACAGUUUGAAUCUCGAGACUUUGCUGGUUGAAGACACUCCAAGAAUCAAACCAAAAAAGCCAACUGCAGGGAAGAUUCCAGCAGGCCGGGGACGUGGUCGUGGAAGAGGUCGUGGACGUGGCCGUGGUGGACCUGGUGGUCGUUGAGCAUCUUGCUGUUACCAAAGUUUGGUCCUUUUUGUUUUGUAACAUCAGGAUUGUAAAAGAUCUUGUAGUGAGGUUUGUGUCAUGAAGACAAAUUCUUGUUAUCUCUUAAUUUUUCAUGAUUUUGAGAUUUAAUACGUUAUUGCCAAACUUACAGCU